GAGAGAGAGGAGCGCUCUCAGAAACAGAAAGGUACACAGAGAAGAGAGUGGACGACAGAAAGUAAGAGAAGCAGUAGGAGGACGGUGGCUCCUGAGCAUCUCCUGCGCACCUUUUCGUUUCUGCACUCUGCACGGAUCUUAAAAAGUCUACACUUUACUUUAUCUUCCUCGAGUUUGCUCCAGACAGAGAUUAAAACUUUUGCAAAGAGAUCUUUUAAAAAAAAAAAAAUCUUCUUUUUUUUUUCUUUUUUGGAUUUGAGAGAGACGCGAUUCCUGGAAGAGUUUUCGUUCAUUUUUUCCCCCAAAACCAAGUCUUUCCAUCCCUCGAGAAGUUUUAAAAAGUAAAGCCCUUGUUAGUUCCAAGGCUCGGCUCACUUUUUCCACGUGUCCCACGCGUCCCAGCUUUUGACAUAAACGUGUCACCUUGAGAUUUUUGGUUACCUUCAAGUUUCAGACUUUUUUUUUUUUUGGUAAAAACAAACUUAAUUUUAAGUCACUGAGCCUCAAACGAGACCAAAAAUGAGAUUUCAAACAGCAGGACAGUCCCCAGUCUUGUGUGAUUCUUGUCCCAAAUUCUUAAAUCAUUAAAGCUAAGUGGGUUUUAAUGCUUUGAUUUUUUUUUCUCACUUUACAAGCUGAGGUGUGAUACGGAAGAUACGGGGAGCCUGGUUGCACAGCUCACCUGUAGCAUCUCCUCUGCUCAGCCGACACUUUGAUUUGCACUUUUUUAAAAAAAAAAAACAAAAACGCACAGACACGCCACUUUGUGACUAUUUUAAGAUAGAAAUCCAGUCUAUCUGAAAGAAAAAUCGCACUCCACACAGUUCAUUCAUUCUGAAAACACAGCCGCCUCUUGUCACCUCCAGAGGGCUUUGGAGUGCGUAAAGGACUGCUGCGCUUUUACGCAAAAAAAAACUUUAAAAUCCAACUAAUUCACCCUCCCGGGGAUCCAAUCUACCCAAUUUUUGUCACUGAUACAAAGUUUGGCGACACUUCAGCGCAACUUUCACCCGUUUUUGAAAGUCUUCAAGAGCUCCAGAGAGACCGCCGGGCUCUCCAUCAUCAUGCUGUUCGACAGUUUCGACCUCGUCUCGGCGCUGGCCACCCUGGCCGCCUGCCUGGUGUCCAUGGCGCUGCUCCUCGCCGUCUCCCAGCAGCUGUGGCAGCUCAGAUGGACGGCCACGCGGGAUAAAAACUGCAAGCUGCCCAUGCCUAAAGGAUCCAUGGGCUUCCCCUUCAUCGGCGAGACCUGCCACUGGCUUCUGCAGGGUUCGGGCUUCCACGCGUCGAGGAGGCAGAAGUACGGCAACGUGUUCAAGACCCACCUGCUGGGUCGACCUCUAAUCCGGGUGACGGGCGCCGAGAACGUGCGCAAGGUGCUGAUGGGCGAGCACACGCUGGUGACGGUGGACUGGCCUCAGAGCACCGCCACGCUGCUGGGACCCAACUCGCUGGCCAACAGCAUCGGAGACAUCCACCGCAAGAGGAGGAAGGUGUUUGCCAAAGUGUUCAGCCACGAGGCCUUGGAGUCCUACCUCCCCAAAAUCCAGCAGGUCAUCCAGGAGAGCCUCCGAGUGUGGAGCUCCAACCCUGAGCCCAUCAAUGUCUACAGGGAAAGCCAGAGAUUGUCAUUCACCAUGGCGGUGAGGGUGCUGCUGGGCUUCAGGGUGUCAGAAGAGGAGAUGAGGCAUCUGUUCUCAACCUUCCAGGACUUUGUUAACAACCUCUUCAGCCUGCCCAUAGACCUGCCAUUUAGCGGCUACAGGAAGGGUAUCCGUGCACGAGACACACUGCAGAAAAGCAUAGAGAAAGCCAUCAGGGAAAAGCCGCUGUGUACCCACGGGAAGGAUUACAGCGACGCACUUGAUGUCCUGAUGGAGAGCGCCAAAGAGAACGGCACUGAGCUCACCAUGCAAGAACUGAAGGAGUCGACCAUCGAGCUGAUCUUUGCCGCCUUCGCCACCACUGCCAGUGCCAGCACCUCCCUCAUCAUGCAGCUCCUCCGCCACCCUGCUGUGCUGGAGCGCCUCAGGGAGGAGCUGAGAGCCAGGGGCCUCCUCCAUAACGGCUGCCUCUGCCCUGAAGGAGAGCUGAGGCUGGACACCAUCGUCAGCCUCAAGUACCUGGACUGUGUCAUCAAGGAGGUCCUGAGACUCUUUACUCCCGUCUCAGGGGCCUACCGGACCGCCAUGCAGACCUUUGAGCUUGAUGGAGUCCAGAUUCCGAAGGGCUGGAGUGUGAUGUACAGCAUUCGGGACACUCACGACACCUCAGCUGUCUUCAAGGAUGUGGACGCCUUCGACCCUGACCGCUUCAGCCAAGAGCGAGGUGAAGACAAAGAGGGACGCUUCCACUACCUGCCCUUUGGCGGUGGGGUCCGGUCUUGCCUGGGGAAGCAGCUCGCCACCCUCUUCCUCCGCAUCCUGGCUAUCGAGCUGGCAAGCACCAGCCGCUUCGAGCUGGCCACCCGGCAGUUCCCCCGCGUGGUCACAGUACCUGUGGUCCACCCGGUUGACGGGCUGAAGGUCAAGUUCUACGGCCUGGACUCCAACCAGAAUGAGAUCAUGGCCAAGUCUGAAGAGCUGCUUGGAGCGACGGUUUGAAGGGCGGAAAGUUAACGAGUAGGGGGGGUGAGUGAUUGAAGAAGAUUGAAGGAAGGAAAGAAGGAAUUUCAGAGUUAUUUUUUCUUCUCCACCUUUGCUCUGCCAAGUUGAAGGUUCCUUUUCAGACUAAAAGAAAAGUAGAAGUCUUCGCCUCUUGUUACAACUGAUGAUGUUUGGGACUUUCCUCCAAGAAAGGAAGAAGCUGCCAAAAAAAAAAGUUCUUAAUUAUGCUCUAUUCUCUGUAUUUUUUUAAAGAAAUAUACAAACAAAAUGUAUGUACAAAAAAGCUAUGUAAUAUAAUUUGAAAGAGAAUGUGGGUAGUGCACAAUGGGAGAAAGAGAAGUAUGGUGGUACUUUUGGUGAAAUGAAGUGUUGACAUUAGAAAAGUAAAAGUAAAGACGGUUGUGGAGGGAAGGCGAGAUGGAUGAAACAGGGUAUAGGAUGAAAGAAUAUGAUAUUUUAGCAUUUUGCUUGUGCUUAAUCAAAAUCAAUGAACCAUUUCAGUUGUCUACCAGGGUAAAAGAGAUGGAUAUAUAGUUGUAAGACUGCAAGUUUUAGAUUUACUGGUCCAAGCUGGUAAAUCUGGGGCUAGCAUUCUUCACAGUGCCACCCAGAUGCAACUCAUGUUUUCUGCUUAUUUGAAAAAGAUUUGAAAGAAUGACAGAAAUCAGUGGUGGCUUUUUUUUUUUCAGGUGUUUUUCGUCAAAGGUUCAUCAAAAUUCAAAUUGUUUACUAGCUUACAGAUGUAGUCAAAAGGAUCAUAGCACAAUGGGUAGCAGGUUGUGACACGAAUAGAUAAUGCUGCUGAGCUUGUCAGAUUGGCUCCGCACCAUAUCUUCAAGCUAUCAUGAUGCAGUAAAUACUUUGACCAGUUUAAAUUUGUACUGCUAAUUGUGGUCAAGUAUCAAUUCAGGCAGUGAAGGAAAGGGCUGAAAAUGAGGGAUGUAGCUCUGAUGGGGAAGAUGUACUGGCUUGAUAUUUUAAAGGGAAGAACACAUAACAUUUUGAAGUGAUGUAAAUGGGCAAUUUGUUUUAUUUCCUACUUGACCUGCUGUUUUUUUUUUUGUUUUUUUUUUCUCGUGAAGAGGCCUCUACACUUGAUGAUCCUCACUGAUUUUCAACACAACAGUAGAAUAAGCUUCAGCUCUCAAAUUACCAACAUUAUAAGAAAACAAUAUAAAGGACAUAACAGGUGAGAGUCACAGAGUUUUUAUUCUAGCAAUCUUAGUGCUUGAGUGAAAGAAGAGUGCAGUUUACAUCCAGUAACUCUUCAAGAUACUUCUUUAGGAGGUAAAUCCUUGAUGGAAGAUCAGUACCAUCAUUAUAGCUUUUUCAUUAUUCAAACUGACAGUCUAUUCUUUUUUUUUGGGUUCCAGUUUAUAAACGAACUGGAAGCAAUCAAUAGAAACUGCACUCACAAGACAAAGAAACUGCAAAAAAACUUAUUCCUAGCUUUCCUUACGAUCUGUAUGUCCGCUGAAAACUUUGCAUCACUCUCCUCUUCGUCGAAGUUGCCCACUUGCAUUGACUCAAAAUGUUGCCCAUAUACAGCAUAGCAUAUCCCAGUAAACUUGAUGGUAUGUGUAAACUCAGGUGCAGAGUAGACAUUGUGGUGAAUAACAAAUAAGCCUUUUGCUUUUUGAUAUUUAACUUUGAACAUAAAAAAGCUGCACAUAAAAAAGACUAUCACUUAACUCACUGUUGAAGUUUCAGAGCUGGACCGAUUACUCUUUGAAAAGCUGUCGAUUGCUCUGCUUUCUGUUCACAUUAACAAAAUGAUAUCAGGGGUUUCCAGUAGCUCUCACUUGACGUAUUACCUUCUGCAACCAUUUUGUAUCCCCCACCCCCCCAAGGAAGCAAUUUCGGUGAAAUUAAACAAUAAGAAUUCCCAAUUGGCUUCACACAAGAUUAAAGAAAUUAAAUCCAGGUCAAACAGUAAUGAGGUCCAGGUCUACUUUGUAAACUCUUUGAACCUGUGCUUUGAUACAUAAACUACACUUCCAAGUUGCAUUGAGAUUGUACCUCUACGUCAGACGGCGACUUUGUCCCGCGACGAGGACACGAUAGAGAACUUGCUCUCACAAAGUGGCGCAACUUCCUGAGCUGGAGGAGGAGAAAAGACAGAGGGGAUAAGGUGGAGUUGGAGAAGACCUACAUAAAUGCUGCUUGAGUGUUGCUUUGUCAUUCUGUGUUUAUUUGUGUGCUGUUUUUUUUUUUUUGUUUUGUUUUGGUUUUUUUUGAUUUUCCCAUCUCCUUGGGGCAGCCAUUUUGAAUUCUGUGGGGAAGGUGAUGUUCUGUCUUGCUGCUCCUCCAAUCAACGCUAAGAAUGCAAAACAAAAUAAAUUCCAUGGUUUAAGCAACUUUAUUAGCUGAAAGAGAUUUAUUGUUCGAGGUGAUUGCACAAUCAGAACUCUCAGAGCUUUUGUGUUUAAUGAUCGGAGAGGAAGUGUUUUUGAAAAUUUUCCAUACAUGGAAAGCUUCUACAACGGAACUCUGGGACUUGCUGACGGAACUCUGGGACAUUCCAGAACCCUCAAACGGAGUUCUAAGAACUGAAGCCUGAGAGAGAAGGACCAAUGAGGUUUCAGGAGACCAAUGAGGUUGUCCAAUAGCAUUCCAGAUGGACUCUGCCUGUGCCAGACAUUGUUCACUCUUUCUACCAACCACACCACUGAUUUCUUCAUGAUAAAAAGAUAUGAAAAUACAUUUUUUUUGCUGCUUUUCUUGUGUACAUUUUCUAAUUGAGAGUUCUAGAUUGCAACAAUAGUUUGUAUCGAGUGAGAUUUGCUAUUUCUUAUAUA